AGCGCUUGUGUGCUCCUGCGGUGUCGUCGGAGCUGCAAGCACAGUGGGAGCGCCCGCCUCGCAGAUGCACGGCGCCGCCCAAGAUGCUCCCGUCAAGGUCCGGUUUGCCCCAUCGCCUACUGGAAAUCUGCAUGUGGGUGGUGCCAGGACCGCUCUUUUUAAUUGGCUCUAUGCCAAGAACAGAGGGGGGAAAAUGGUUCUGAGGGUUGAAGACACUGACAAAGCUCGAUCUACAAAGGAGAGUGAAGAGGCAAUGUACCGAGAGCUGCGAUGGCUUGGGCUGAUGUGGGAUGAAGGCCCUGAUGUCGGUGGUCCUAAUGGGCCCUACCGCCAGUCUGAGAGGACAGAUAUUUACAUGAAAUAUGUCAAUCAGCUGGUGGCUGAGGAUGCGGCCUAUCCUUGCUUCUGCACAGAUGAAGAUCUCAACAAGAUGAAGAGGAAAGCAGAGGAAUUGAAGCUGCCACCCAUUUACAGAGGACCAUGGGCUUCUGCCGACAAGGAAAAGGUGCAGGAGUGGAUGGACAGAGGGGAACCGUAUUGCUAUCGUUUCAGGGUCCCAAAGGAAGAGGUGGUGACAAUACACGAUGCUGUUCGAGGACAGGUGUCCUGGAACACAAACACUCUUGGUGAUUUUGUCAUCAUGAGGAGCAAUGGUCUACCUGUUUACAAUUUUUGUGUCGCCAUCGAUGAUGCACUGAUGGGCAUCACAGAUGUCGUUCGAGCUGAGGAGCACCUGCCUAACACACUUCGCCAGGUUCUGAUCUACCGUGCCCUGGGGUUCCCCGAACCGCAGUUUGCCCACGUGUCAUUGAUUUUGGCACCCGACAAGAGCAAACUCUCAAAACGGCAUGGUGCCACGUCAGUGGGCGAAUUUCGGGAUCAAGGCUUCCUGCCAAUGGCUAUGGUUAAUUAUCUGUCACUUCUGGGAUGGAAUGACGGAACUGAGCAAGAAAUCUACACGUUGGAGGAGUUGCAAGAUAAGUUUUCAAUUGAUCGGAUCACAAAGAGCGGAGCUGUUUUUGACAAGACGAAACUUGCGUGGAUGAAUGGUCAGCACCUGCGGACGAUGCCAACAGAUGAAGUGCGACCACUACUCAUUGAUGUUUGGCAAACUUCGGGCUUGUUAAAAGGGUCAGACGGCACUUUCAUUGACCGAGCUGUUGAGCUUGUGAAGGAUUCACUGGAACUAGUCAAAGAUGGGGAUGCCAAAUUGCGCGCUCUGUUGUCCUACCCUCUCGAGGAGACUGUCAACUCUUCAAAGGCUCAAAAGAUCCUUGAGGAUGGAUUCAAGGAAGUUGCAAUGGCAGUUGUGGCUGCCUACGAUGACGGGUCGUUGCAAGGGGCUUUGGAGGAUAAUGCUGCAGGAUUUUCACCUUGGGUGAAGAAGACUGGCAAGGAGCUGGACAGGAAAGGGAAGAGGCUGUUUAUGCCAUUGCGAAUUGCGCUUACGGGCUCCAUGCAGGGACCCGACAUUGGGAAAUUGCUUGCAAUGUUGGGUUCCGAAUCUGGCGAGGUCGCGGAGAGAAGCACCAUAGUCUCGCUUGGCGAGAGAAUGGGCGCCCUGAGGAGCUGGCUAUCAGCCUGA